UGUUGUGAUCAGACCAAUAGAAAGACUUGCACUACAUAUCUCACUUCUCAUCUACUAUAACAAUUGCAUACCUUACUAACCUCAAAAUCAUACAUUUAGUAAGUUGGCAAAAUAAGAUAAGAAAGAAAGCAGAGAUGGUUUCAUCCCCAAUUACUGAUCUUCUGAAGAAUCAGCUGCCUCUUGAGCAGGAAAGUCUAGAGCUUAGCGAAAACGUUCGCUAUGGUCUGGUUCUUGUAGACAUCAUCAAUGGUUUCUGCACUAUUGGAGCUGGCCCUUUGGCUCCUGCUGAACAUAAUCAGCAAAUGUCAGACAUGAUCAAUGAAGCAGAGAGGUUAGCAAGGCUUUUCUGUGAGAAAAAGUGGCCAAUAAUGGCCUUCCUUGAUUCUCAUAAUCCUGAUGUACCUGAGCAUCCCUAUCCUCCCCACUGCUUGGCUGGAUCAGAAGAAUCAAAUCUUGUUUCAGCUUUGAGAUGGCUAGAGGAAGAAUCAAACGUGACAAUUAGGCGUAAAGACUGUUAUGAUGGAUUCAUAGGCUCCAUCCAAAAUGAUGGCUCUAAUGUCUUUGUGGACUGGGUGAAAUCCAACAAGAUCGAAUCGCUAUUGGUAGUCGGAGUAUGCACAGAUAUUUGCGUGCUGGAUUUCGUAUGCUCAACAUUAUCAGCAAAAACUAGAGGUUUUCUCUCUCCUUUAAACGAUGUGGUGGUUUACUCAAAUGGCUGCGCCACAUUUGAUUUUCCCGUCGAAGUUGCUCAAAUUAGUAAACAUGGUUUUGCUCAUCCACAGGAGAUUAUGCACCAUAUGGGGCUUUACAUGGCUAAAGAGAGGGGGGCAAAGAUUGUAAGCAGCGUGGUAGCAAGAGGACCAUGAAAGCGUCGGGCUUAUUCCCAAAUUUGAAUUCCAAAAACCAUGUAUUUUGUUUCUAUAUCACACUAUCACUUCAUGUAUAAGUGAAACUAAGCACCCAGACUAUUUAGGGCAAAGAUUGUGAGCAGCGCGGUGGCAAGAGGACCAUGAAAGCGUCGGGCUUAUUCCCAAAUUUGAAUUCCAAAAACCAUGUAUUUUGUUUCUAUAUCACACUAUCACUUCAUGUAUAAGUGAAACUAAGCACCCAGACUAUUUACUCAAAUACCAAGUAUUACUGUAUUAGUAUCAGAUUUUACAAUCCAGUCUGCUAAAAUACAAAUCUUGUCCCAGUUGUCCUUCA